AUGGGAGACAAAGCUAUCCUAACAGAGGUUCUGGAAGCAUCAAAUCUUACUGAAGCAUAUGUUGAUUUAACAGCGAAACAGUUGAUCAAAGAGAUUCGUCAUGUUGGAGAUGAUUUCUCUGUGCGAUAUUCAAACUUGGAUGAUCGGAAUGAACUGGGAGAACCUUCAGAUCAAAUAUCACCUGAUCAAGAGAAGACAUUCACAGUUGAUGAAGCUGUAGAGGCAUUGGGAUUCGGAAGGUUUCAGUUGAAGUUGUCGAUUUUGACUGGAAUGGCAUGGAUGGCCGAUGCAAUGGAAAUGAUGCUUCUUUCUUUGAUUUCUCCAGCCCUCGCAUGUCAGUGGCAAAUUUCUUCUGUUCAGCAGGCUCUCGUCACAACUUGUGUCUUCAGUGGAAUGAUGCUGUCUAGUACAUUUUGGGGAAAGAUUUGUGAUCGAUUUGGGAGACGGAAAGGUCUCACAUUUUCUACUCUUGUUGCAUGUGUCAUGGGUGUAUUAUCAGGAAUGUCCCCCCAUUUUUAUGUCUUAUUAUUUUUCCGAGGUCUCACUGGAUUUGGAAUCGGAGGAGUUCCACAGUCAGUAACACUAUAUGCCGAAUUCCUUCCUACUGCUCAACGUGCCAAAUGUGUGGUUCUGAUUGAGUCUUUCUGGGCAAUCGGUGCAGUUUUUGAAGCACUUUUAGCGUAUUUUGUGAUGGAAUCUUUCGGAUGGAGAGCUCUAAUGUUCUUGUCUUCAUUGCCACUUGGAAUUUUUGCAGUCGCAAGCUUUUGGUUGCCCGAAUCUGCUCGUUUUGAUAUGGCAUCUGGACAUCCUGAGCGGGCACUGGAGACUCUUCAAGCAGCGGCUAGAAUGAACAGAGUACAAUUACCCCCUGGAAGAUUGGUAUCCUCUACAAAAGCAGGAUCAGAUAGUAGAGGAGAUAUUGUAAAUUUGUUGUCUCCAGAUCUUAGAAAGACCACAUUACUCUUGUGGUGUAUUUGGGCGAUUACCGCAUUUUCCUACUACGGAAUGGUCCUUUUCACAACUGUUCUCUUCCAAUCGCACGAUGAAUGCCACGGAGGCCUAUUCUCAAAUGGAACUGCUCUAGAAGUUUGCCAACCGUUAACAAGAUCAGACUACUUUGAUUUGUUAUCAACUACACUUGCCGAAUUCCCCGGACUCAUUAUCACAGUACUGAUAAUUGAGUGGUUUGGAAGAAAGAAAACCAUGGCACUCGAGUAUGCUAUUUUUGCGGUCUUUACUUUCAUGCUAUACUUUUGUUUGGAUCGAUUCACAGUUACGGUUCUGAUCUUUGUGGCCCGCGCAUUCAUCUCUGGUGCCUUCCAGUGUGCUUAUGUCUAUACUCCAGAAGUAUACCCAACCACUCUACGAGCAGUAGGUCUGGGUACUUGUUCAGCGAUGGCUAGGAUGGGAGCAAUUUUGACACCGUUUGUGGCACAGGUUGCCUCGGAACAGUCCCUUUCACUUCCUAUCGGUAUUUAUGGAGUUGCUGCUGUGUUUGGGCUCAUAGCUUCUUUAAUUCUACCGAUUGAAACCAAAGGAAGACAAAUGAUGGUGAGUAUUGAUUCUCAUUAG